AUGGCCUGGCAGAUGACACAGUUGCUGCUUCUGGUUUUGGUGGCCGCUGCAUGGGGUGCCCAGGUCCCUGGGACUCCACGGGCCAGGACGAACCUGCUCAACGUCUGCAUGGAUGCCAAGCACCACAAGGCGGAACCGGGCCCUGAGGACAGUCUACACGAGCAGUGCAGCCCUUGGAAAAAGAAUGCCUGCUGCUUUGUCAACACCAGCACAGAAGCCCAUAAGGAUAUUUCCAGCCUGUACAGAUUUGACUGGGACCACUGCAGCAAGAUGGAGCCUGCAUGCAAGCGCCACUUUAUUCAGGACACCUGUCUCUACGAGUGCUCACCUAACCUGGGGCCCUGGAUCCAGGAGGUGAAUCAGAGCUGGCGCAAAGAACGGAUCCUGAAUGUGCCCCUGUGCAAAGAGGACUGUCAGAGCUGGUGGGAAGACUGCCGCACCUCCUACACUUGCAAGAGCAACUGGCACAGGGGCUGGAACUGGACCUCAGGGUACAACCAGUGCCCGGUGAAAGUUGCCUGCCACCGCUUCGACUUCUACUUCCCCACGCCUGCAGCUCUGUGCAAUGAAAUCUGGAGUCACUCCUACAAGGCCAGCAACUACAGCCGGGGCAGCGGCCGCUGCAUCCAGAUGUGGUUUGACCCCUUCCAGGGCAACCCCAAUGAGGAGGUGGCAAGAUUCUAUGCUGAGAGCAUGAAUGGGGCUAGGCUCCAUGAGGCCUGGCCUCUGCAUUUCUGCCUGCUCCUAGUGUUGCUCUGGCUGCUCAGUUGA